CAUCCCGUGUAGUUCAGUUAAAGUUGAAGUUGGAAGUGUAGUAGUGUUUUGUAAGGUUCAUAAAUUGAGUUCAUUUCAUUUUUAUUUUUCAAAUUAUGUCCAAAUUAUUUACCAUCAAAAUCUUCGACUAAUAACUCGAUAUUUCGUCAAACGUACGAAUAAAGGCAUAGAAUCGUUUCCAAGAUGCAAGGAAUGAGCAGUGCUUUUAAGCAAGUCAUGGACGAGGAAGAAGAAAAUAAAAAGAACACUAAAUACCACCCUCCUGAUGGUGGGUGGGGGUGGGUGAUUGUUGCCUCAUUUGCUGCUCAAAAUAUAAUAUUGUUACCUAUUAUCAUAAAUUUUGGAUUGAUGUUCAGAGAUAUCUUUGCGGUUUUAGAAAUGAGUCAGACUGAUGUUAGUAUUAUUAUCAAUAUAAAUUCGGCUGCGGGUAUGCUCUUUGGUUUGAUGAAUGGUCCAAUUCUGAAGACAUUUGGCUUCAGGAAAACGGCGUGCACUGGUGCUGUAAUCACAUUUUUGGGCAAUCUCAUAAACUUCUUCCCAUUCCCUACCUGUAGAAAUAACCACUGUAUCUCAGCGAUUGGAAUAGCGUUGGUGAUGUCAUCGUUCAGUUUGGCUUUGAACUCGUACUUUGUGAAGAGACGAGGAAUGGCAACGGGUAUUGCAAUGUCAGCAACUGGCCUGGGUCCGGUCUUUAUGCCGCUGCUGAUCAGCUUCCUGAUGGGAGUGUACGGAGCCAGAGGCACUGCCUUCAUAAUGGCCGCCCUCACUCUACACUCGUUCGUUGGAUCACUCCUGCUGCAGCCGGUCAAAUGGCAUUACAAGACCACCUCCAUCGAACAAGGUAAUUCCAGAGUCGACUCAUACCGGCUCCAGACAUGCGACAUUCGGCGAACACCAAGCAUACUCGCCCAAUCACGAGUAGUGUGGAUGGAUGUUUGGUCUUUGGCAAGCAGUGAACAUUCGUGCUCGUUGUUUUUCCGGUCAGGGUCGAACAUCAAAAUGGACGAAUAUUCGGCAAAAGCGACUAGUACGUCUAUUCGAUUGGAUUUGCUAUCAGAACCAGUAUUCUUCAACAUAUGGAUUGGAAUGUCGUUGGAAUUCACAUCGGAGAUGAAUUUCGCCCUCAUGGUGCCUUUCAUUCUAAAAGAUUGGGGCUAUGACACUAAGAAAACAGCACAGCUCAUGUCGAUUAUGGCAGUAGCUGACGUUUGCACAAGAUUAGUUGCACCAAUUAUUGGACGAAAAACUAAGAUUCCUGCUAGAUAUUUAUAUCUAAUUAGUGUAGUCGUUUUGAUUGGAUUGAAGUUUAGUUUAGUUGUAGCUGAAUCAGAGAGAACAAGACUUUUAGUGUUCAUUGCAUUGGGUAUUGGAAGAGGAUUCCGUGCCUUGUACCGAGCGCUUGUCGUGCCAAACCACGUUCCUAUUGAAAAGUUGGCAUCAGCGUCUGGCCUGCAAACGGCUCUCAACGGUGUCUUCCUCAUCACUUUUGGCCCUGUACUAGGUUACAUCAAAGAUGUAAUGAAGAGUUAUAGCUGGUACCUAACUGUGCUCAAUAUAUUAGCCGCACUGACUGUCGUACUUUGGCUGUGCGAAAUACUUAUUAGAAUCUGUAAGCAUCGUAAAACUACUGCCAAUAACGAUAAUAACGCUCCUUGACUUAAUAUAUUCGGGUAUUUUACACUUGUAUAAAUAAUAUUGUGUUUUUAAUAAAUCAAUUUUUAAUAAC